AUGAAGAGUGUAUGCUUCUCAGAGAAUAGUUUGAUCCCUCCUCCCAGUGCACCACUAUUCAUAUUUAUAGGAAGCUCGUCACAAGGCUACGAAGAAUUUAGGAAUGAAAUAAUAUUGAUCUCCAAACUGCAACAUAGAAAUCUUGUUAAGCUCAUUGGUUGUUGCAUUGAAAAUGAAAAGAAGUUAUUAAUAUACGAGUUCAUGCUCAACAAGAGCUUAGAUACCUUUAUUUUCGAUGAUAGAAGAAGGGUAGCGCUUGAUUGGGCCAUACGAUUCAACGUUAUUGAUGGCAUUGCAAGAGGUCUUGUGUAUCUCCAUCGCGAUUCCAGUUUAAGGGUGAUCCAUCGAGAUUUGAAGGCCAGUAAUAUUCUAUUGGAUGAGAAGAUGACUCCAAAAAUUUCUGAUUUUGGAUGA